AUGCCACCAAGUGUCCAACGCCGCCGAAGCGCACUGGACUUUAGAUGUGGGUCCUGCGACCGAUCAUACGCGAAGAAGGAGCACUUGCAGCCAUUCGCAUGCGAUGUCUGUGGUCGCACUUUCGCUCGACAAGAUGCACUGAACCGACACACACGAGUGCAUAAAGGAUCGACAUCCACGACAACACACAUGGCGGAGCAAGUGCGAGAUGGUGGAUUUGAUCCGCGCACUUUCGUACCAGAACAGUACAAUCAGCAUGUUGAUCAACCCCUGGUAUCGCCUUUGGCAAUUGAAGGUGACUUUCAACAUUCUCAAUCCCAAAACUCGUUCCUGUUUUGGCCGGACUCUGAGCAUCUGCUUCAGAAUAUUCUCUCAAUCGAUCCAACGCUGCUGGAUCAACCCCCAGCAUACAUGCCCCCUCCACCGGGAAGCCAGCCUUCCCCAGGAUGGGAUUAUAUUUAUGAUAAUGCGACAGAAGGCCUGGACGAAGGCCAUCGUGCUAUUCAUACGCUCAGUACCCUGCUGAGCAACACCGUUAACAGGGUUACGGCUCCUGCAGCACUAGCAAAUCUGACCUCGCGAUUUUUGGAUAGCUGUCUGCACAUGUUCUUUUCGACCUUUAUUCCUAUGAUGCCUAUUAUUCACAGACCGACUUUUGUCUUUCAAAACUGUUCGCCGCCCUUGCUACUCAAUGCAAUAGCAAUCGGUUCUUUGUUCCUUGGCAAUGAGGAAGCGUCUGACAAGGGAGACGCUUUGUGGCGACUUGCGCAUACUGCUGUUCAGACGUCCUGGCAUACGAUGAUCAAGCAUCGCGGAGAGUUUGACGCCUCCCCUGGGAUCCAACUUGUACAAACGGCUUUGCUUAGCCAAAUAUACGCUGCUCUAUCGAAGUCUCGGAAUCUCCGCAUCACAAGUCAAGUUUUCCACGGCUUAGGGUUCUACUGGGCACGUUACUGUGGACUGUUCGACCUUCCAGAUGUACCCAUUGUUCCACAGCUCCACGACGAUCCUGAAACAAAGUACCGUGCAUGGCGACUGUGGCUGGCACGUGAAACACAGCUGCGGUCCCUUCUCGGCCUGUACAUCAUCGACGGAGUAAUCUCUCAAUAUAGCGGUAGUCCUACGGUGGCACAGCACAUGUCAAAUCAGCUCCUGGUACCCUCCAGCGAGGCAUGUUUCCGUACCGAUAGUCCUGAUGAUUGGAUUCGAGCAGUAACAUGCAAUAACUCACCCUCAAAUUUGCUGAGGUUUUGCGACCUCUUUCGCCACUUCUUUUACGAUGGAGACCAAGAGAAUGGGCAGAUCCCGCCUGAAAUGUCUUCCUUCACACUCAAAGUCAUUCUAGAAGGGCUUAAGUCUCUGGUGGCUGAGUCAAAGCGCAUCGAGCCACGGCCAGUUGGAGUUCCAUCUCGGGUGGAGAUUAGCGGGGUAUUGGAUCGUGUGCGCAGAUACAUCGAAGCGCAUUCAUCUCUCACCCCUGUCGCAAGAAGUACAGCUAUGCUGCGCUGGCAUGCUAUAUGCCUUGACGCAUUGGGGAGUGUCACGGCUCGUGGGGCGAGGAGACUUUGUACAGCCCACGGGAUCUCGCAACACAUAUUCGGUGGUGGGAAACGGGUCGAAAAGGACGUACAAGCUGAACGUUACGUCAACUCCGAAGAUGCAAGGAGAACGCUGAUGCACGCUUCUGAAAUCCAUCGGAUCGCCUCACAGCUGCCGCUUGGUCUUGCGCACGAUCCGCAUGUCCCGGGUGCUGUUUUUGCUGCAGCUACUACGUAUGCUGCCUUUGCGUUGGCUGGAAAGACGCAAGUGGCUUUUCCAGAACCAGUCGAUUGGCAACAGGCCGUAUUGCUUCCAAGCCAAGAAAGUCAGACUCCAGCGGGCUUCGUAUCUAACGAUUUACACACAACUGGAACAGCCCAGUUCAUCCGAGGCACACUGACAACGACGCGAAUUCAAAAGGAUUUCGUUUUCCGUGACCUCAAUUAUGAGCUGAGUAGCAUUCGGUUACUUCUACGUGCAUUAAGUCUACAGUGGGGCGUUUGUAAGGAGAUGGAAGAAGUUGUUGACGCAUGGAUUGCAAAAUGCACAUAG